CUAUCAAGUGGUUAUAAAAUUGGAGCCUCGAGUGAAGAGCAGAGAGCCUUUGGCUUGCUCUUCUCAUAGUGCUCCGGUCAUCAAUUGCCUUUUUCUUCCGGAAUGGAAAGUUUAGUUCCAUUUUGUUGUGAAGCUUUGAAAGGCAUACAAAAUAUCACUCCCAUGGCUGCAAGGAGGUCCACUCAUCUGCUUUAGGGUGUGCUUGGCAACAAAUUCCAAAAUUAUAAGCAGUUGGCACCUUUCCAUCCUCGUAGAAUUCUUAGAAAUGAGUGCCUCAUCCAAUGGAGAAAUGGAUGCUUUGUAACUGAUUUAAUCUAUUCUUAUAUCAUUGGGCAACUAUGUCAACCAUGUCAACUGUGAAGCUUCCCUCCCAUUGCAUGUUAAGAACUGCACCUCAGAACCGUUUCACCAGCACCAUUGUCAAGCGGCCAUUCUCUAUUGGAUCUGUAAAGAGCAUCAGCAAAGCUUUUGGAUUGAAAGCAUCCCCCUCUUUCAGAGCAUCCGCAAUGGCAGUUUACAAGAUUAAGCUUGUAGGACCAGAUGGUGAAGAGAAUGAGUUUAACGCCCCUGAUGAUGCUUACAUCCUAGAUUCAGCUGAGAAUGCUGGAAUUGAGCUGCCUUAUUCAUGCAGGGCUGGGGCUUGCUCUACCUGUGCUGGGAUGAAGGUUUCCGGCUCGGUGGACCAGUCUGAUGGUUCAUUCCUUGAUGACAAUCAAAUGAAGAAAGGUUAUCUGCUGACUUGUGUCUCAUAGCCGAGUUCAGACUGUACGUGUGAUUCACAGACACAAGGAAGCUGAUCUUUACUGAGUGAUUGUGUUUUCAGCAUUUGAGUAGGGUUUUGAAAUCUUGUUGUCUAGAAUGGUUAUGACUAGUGACUACCAGAUGUUCAUGUUUUUCUGUAAGUGUUAUCAUGUUUUGUAUUU